CCGCCCACCACCUGCAGCAUUCACCUCCUCACUCCGCCCUGAACCUCAUGACCGUGUAGAAGCCUUCAACAUGGCACAUAUCAUACUCACCGGUGCAACAGGCUCAGCAGGCGCCGCGAUUCUCUCCCACUGCCUCUCCGACGCCUCGAUAGCACGCGUUUCCAUACUCUCGCGACGCGACGUCAAACUAGCAGAGAACCAGCCCAAAGCCCAUGUCAUCUUACACAAAGACUACCACCAGUACCCCUCAUCCGUCCUCAAGCAGUUGAAAGGCGCAUCAGGAUGUAUUUGGGCGCAAGGCAUAAGCAGCCGAGGAAUCAAUGAAGCGGAUUACAUCGAAAUCACCCUCCAGUAUCCGCUUGCAGCCGCGGAAGCGUUCUCUACGCUGGGUCCGAAGUUCAAUUUCGUCUACAUCUCCGGUGAGGGCGUGAAUGCGGAGGGACCGAGCAAGAUGAUGUAUAGUCGUGUCAAAGGCAUGGCGGAGAGCCUGUUGCUGGAGUCCAUGAAAGCGUGCCCGCGAUUGCGCGUGUACAAUGUGAGACCUGGCGCGAUCAACACACAAGGACAAUAUUUGGCGCAGCGAGAUGUCAAGUUGUGGGAUAGAUUCGCCACGGGUGUGAGCAAUUUGUUCGAAGUGGUGUAUAAGGGCAUGGUUGUUCCUGCGCCCAGUCUUGCCAAAGUCCUGGUUGAUCUGGCUAUCGGAGAUGGUGAGCCAUUGGCCCCAGGUGUUGGAAUUGAAGGAGAUGGAAGAAUGAUCAGGAAUAAUGGUCUCAGAAGGUUGGCUGGCCUGUGAGAGACAAUGCAGACAAAUAUGGCGCCUCUAUAUCGAGGAUGACGGAAUGACAAAUUGACAGUAUUGCUGCAGAACGACAUGUUUUUCGAAGCUUCAACCAUUGUUGAGAGUACUUUCUCAAGCCAAGC